AUGAUUGCCACACGCUUUCUAGCUCUUCUCUCUUUGGUGUUCCUCCUGAUUAAAGAUAGCGGAGCCUGGUCUUAUAACGCCUCCACAGAGAACCUGACUUAUGGUGAGGCAAGUAAGUACUGUCAGCAGUGGUACACACAUCUAGUAGCGAUUCAAAACAAAGAAGAGAUUAACUACUUGAACUCCAUAUUGAGCUAUUCACCAAGCUACUACUGGAUUGGAAUCAGAAAGGAAAAUGGUCAGUGGAUUUGGGAAGGAACCAAGAAACCUUUGAACAAAGAAGCUGAGAACUGGGCUCCAGGAGAACCAAACAAUAAGCGAAAAGACGAGGACUGCGUGGAGAUCUACAUCAAGAGAGAUAAGGAUGAAGGCAUGUGGAAUGACGAGAGCUGCAGCAAAAAGAAGCUUGCCUUGUGCUAUACAGCUGCAUGCACCAAUAUGUCCUGCAGUGGUCAUGGAGAAUGUGUGGAGACUAUCAAUAAUUACACUUGCAUGUGUGACCCUGGCUUCCAUGGACUCCACUGUGAGCAAAUUAUGACCUGUGAAGCCCCAAAAGUCCCUGAGCAUGGGACCCUGGUUUGCACUCAUCCGCUGGGGGACUUCAGCUAUAAUUCUUCCUGCUCAGUCACCUGUGAAAAGGGUUACCUCCCCAGCAGCAUGGAGGCCACACAGUGUACUUCAUCUGGAGAAUGGAGCGCUCCUAUCCCAGCCUGCAAUGUGGUUGAGUGUGAUGCUUUGACAAGUCCUGCCAAUGGAUCCAUGGAAUGUUUCCAAAGCCCUGGAAGCUUCCUGUGGAACACGACCUGUGCAUUUGACUGCGAAGAAGGAUUUGAAUUAAUGGGAGCCCAGAAUCUCCAGUGUACCUCCUCUGGGAAUUGGGACAAUAAGAGACCAACAUGUAAAGCUGUGACAUGUGGUGACAUCAGCCGGCCUUCCAAUGGUUCUGUGGACUGUAACCACUCCCCUUCUGGAGAGUUCACCUUCCAGUCAUCCUGCCACUUCACCUGCAAGCAAGGCUUCAAGUUGCAGGGACCAGCCCAAGUUGAAUGCACCGCUCAAGGGCAGUGGACCCAGCAGAUCCCAACCUGUGAAGCAUUACAGUGCAAAGCCCUGUCCAACCCAGAGAGAGGCUACAUGAACUGUCUUCUUAGUGCUUCUGGAAUGUUCCAAAGUGGGUCCAGCUGUGAGUUCUCCUGUGAACAGGGAUUUGUGUUGACAGGAUCCAAAAUGCUCCAGUGUGGUCCCACAGGGGAGUGGGACUGUGACAAGCCCACAUGUGAAGCUGUGAAGUGUGAUGCUGUCAGUCAGCCCCAGGGUGGCUCCAUGAAGUGUACCCAUUUGCCUACCGGAGAAUUCACCUAUAAGUCUUCCUGUGCCUUUAGCUGUGAGGAAGGCUUUGAAUUACAUGGAUCAGCUCAACUUGAGUGCACAUCUCAGGGACAGUGGACACAGGAGGUCCCCUCCUGCCAAGUGGUACAAUGUUCAAACCUGGAUGUUCCCGGGAAGAUCAACAUGAGCUGCAGUGGAAAGCCUGUGUUCGGCACUGUAUGUUCAUUUGCAUGUCCUGAUGGGUGGACACUCAACGGUUCUGCAGCUCUGACAUGCGGUCCCACAGGACACUGGUCUGGGAUGCUGCCUAGCUGUGAAGCUCCUGCUGAGUCCAACGUUCCCUUGGCUGUUGGACUUAGCACUGCUGGAACCUCCCUUCUGGCAUCAGCAUCAUUUCUCUACUGGCUCCUGAAACGCUUUCAGAAGAAAGCAAGGAAAUUUGUGCCUACCAGCAGCUACCUACACCUGGAACCAGAGGGAACCUACCAAGCUCCUUCUGAGUUAAUUUAA